AUGGACAGCCUAGCUAACUUUGCCUCAAGAGAUAGAAAAGAUGCGAAGACGAAGGCCACAAAGAAACGCCAGACGGUCAAUCGCACUCAGACGGCCCCUGUUUCCAGAAUAUUGCCCAAAAGGGUUUCUCUGUUUGCUUUGAACAGGAGCUCGUCUUCUGUGGAUGCUAGUUCUGCGCCUGGGCUUACCUCUCAUGACGUUCUGACCAUCCCUCGCAUUUACGAGCAGUUAGACGACUCCACAACGGAACAAGACAAGGACGAACCAUCAGCAUUUCAAAAGGCUCACCGGAAAUUUUCUUCCACGUCUUUGAGCAGCAUUUUUUUGCCGUUGGGCGCGUUGACCAAAAGAUCGCCUACGGUGUCUUCGAAUUCCAGCUCGGUGGAACUGCCUUCGCCGUCGGAGGAUGAAUUUGGCGACGGAGCUUUGGAAAUUCCUCGGUCAGAAACGGCUUUAUUGCCAGAUGUGCUCCUCGUUCCGAACAACCGACCUGUUUCGUUCCAAUCUGUUGACGGCAGAGACAAGGAUGGGGUCGUGGAUUCUGAUAGGGUAUCCCGGCAGAGGAGCAAGACUCUGGAUGAAACAACCGUCCCCCAGGCCGUUAGAUCUUCAGUACAAGAGCAAAGUGGAAAUGGCAGAGUUAUGAACUCUCUGGCUUCUUUUGGCAAGAAAAUAGGGGUUGGUGGGACAGGCACUUGCUCCAGUCAUGAGGUUGACGGUCUACGAGCAAUGAGCAGUAACGAGGAGGUCAAUGUGGCUCCUUCCGGCUUGCAACUCGAGGAAACUAUUCUUGAGCCUCAUGAGGAUGAGUCUGUGGAAGAUUACGUGGAAAGGAUUUUGGAAGAGUAUCCUUUCAGAAAGGUGGUUGCGACGCUUUCAUUACAUGAUGAUGAGUUCAAGCUCAAGUCGUUAUCGAGUUUUCUAGAGACUUACUUCGAUUUUUCAGAAGAACCCUUAGAUCUGGCACUCAGGAAGUUUCUUGCGUUUAACGAGCUUCCCACAGAAACUCAACAAAUCGAUCGUGUGGUGCAAGUAUUCAGUGAAAGGUACUGGAGAUGCAACGAGCAAGCAUGUCCUUCGCCAGACCAUUGCUAUGUCUUGACGUUCUCAAUGAUCAUGCUUCACACAGACAAGUUCAAUCGUAACAGCAAGAGAAAGAUGACCAAAAUUCAGUUCAAGAACAACACUUUCCGGACUCUGGAAGAGGUGAAUCACAAAUGGUUCGAUUAUUCAAAUGACGAUUUCUGCAAACUGGUCACGAAGGACAUCCUGGACUAUUUCUACGACAAUAUCACACAUACACCUUUCAUUAAGUAUGAUGGAGAUUUGAGUGAGAGCUCGUUGAGCAUUUUGCAAAAAAAUACUGGUUCCCCAAAGGAGCCACCAUCCUUACCCUCACCUUCCGCAGUCAUGAACACGUCUUUGCCUAUGAGACGCAAAAGUGGAACGCUGCUAUGGACCAGCGAGGUGAUUGACCCAUAUGAGUAUAUCAUGGAGAACAAGAUCAACGAAUUGAAGCUAAGUGAUCAACCCACGAAUUGCAAUCCUUUCCUUUCGCAAUCAGAGUCUGUUGGACGGUGCAAUGGUACCAAGGCUUGGGUGAUGGAUAACUUGUCGAGAUACCCAGAUACGUUGGAUAUACCAAGUCUCAGUGAUAUUCAUCAUAACCUAACACAACCACGCUGUUCAAUUGUUUUGAAGCUGUAUAAAGCUAGAGCUACUUGGUUGCUCAGCAAAGAUAAGAUCGCAGCCUCUGUGGAUUCAAGUUCUGCUUCGUUCCUUCUGGUGAGGGUGUUCAAAAUUGGAUUCGUGAGCAGGUCAGAAUCAAAGCUCAUGGGCACCGGGAAGCAGCAAAGGCAAUAUUUUUGCCUUCUAACCUCUGUUGGACUCCUAUUCUACAGAGACCGCGGGGCAUUCAAGUUCGACCUGGAGAAUAUAAAGAAGGACGACGGCGAGAUGGUGAUUAUCGAGGAAAAAAUCCAAACGCGUGCUAUAAAUGGCCCUUCGGGGACGAUGUUUGAGACUUCUGAACCGGCGUUCUUUAUUUCUCUGUCAGAUCUCUUUGCUUCGCGCAUGAGAUGCACCGCUCAGGAGAUGCAGCUGACACUUUUCAUUUUCUCCAACGGAACUAAGACUGCUUAUUUGGUGGAAGACGAAAAAGAACUGACUUCUUGGAUCACCACCAUUAAUGCUGUCUCUGCUGUUUCUUCGUGCGAUAAUGCACUUGUCGCGCUUACUUUGACAGAUGAAGAGAAUGCAAAUGGCUCCAUGGUGGAAGCUCUUUUCAUGAAAAGCGGCGGAUCUAUCAGCAGUAUUAUUGGAUCGCUAGAGACUUCGCUAGAGGAAUCUGUAUCUCAUAUACUCGUUUUGAGUACAUUAUCCGAGGCUUUUGCUAACUUGACCCCAUUCGGGGUGAAAACCAGAGAGAUGUUGGCGUUGUCUACGAAGCUGUUGAACGCCAAACUGGAGUGGAUGUGGUACGAAGCACAACGAGACUAUUUGUUCCGGCAAAUUCUGAAAACCGUCGAGCAAUCCGUUCAGAAUGACUUCAUUUUGUCUCGCGAACUAGAAAAACUGGAUUUGGACCAGAAAACAUGA